GAAGUGGAGACCGGUGGGCAGGCGACUGAGACAGUGAAAAUCCUUCUUUCCAACAACACAGAGAUUGAUGGAAUCAAGAGAGAGACUUAAGAAUCCUCCCUGAUAUCAAGGGACUGAAAGAGCCAUAAUUGUGACAUCAGGUGUUUUUUUGGUAAGCGGCCAUUUAUGAUUCCGGAAGAUUAAGGCAGCUAGGAAGCCCCUUCUGAGAUUUUAACAAAGCUCUCGAACAACAACCAACUCCAUGGACACAGAGCUGGACCCUUCCCGGGAUGACCUACCUCUCAUGGCCAACACCAGCCACAUACUUGUGAAGCACUAUGUACUGGAUUUAGAUGUGGACUUUGAAAGUCAAAUCAUCGAGGGCACCAUAGUGCUUUUCUUUGAGUCUGGAAAGAAACAGAGUGGGUCCACCAAGGAACCCUGCCGAUCAGAGUCAAACGAAGCCUGCAGAUUUAGGAUGCCUGAACCCUGCCAUAGUCCUGUGACAGAUACAAGGACCUUCUCCUCUAAAACAAGAUCUAAUGAUUUUACAAUCUGUGGUAAAGGUGAAAAAGAUACUUCUGGUAAAGAUGGUAACCAUGACAACCGGGAACAGGCUUCUGGGAUUUCUAGCUCAAAGUACUGCUGUGACACAGGGAAUCAUGGGAGUGAGGAUUUUUUGCUAGUGUUGGACUGCUGUGAUUUAUCUGUGUUAAAGGUUGAGGAGGUGGAUGUUGCUGCUGUGCCAGGUAUUGAAAAAUUGACAAGGUCUCCCAAGCUCACAGUUGUUUCUGAGGAGCUCAGGAAUCAGAUUGUGUGUGAACUUGUGACUCUGCCUGCAGAUCGUUGGAGGGAGCAGUUAGACUAUUAUGCUCGUUGCAGCCAGGCUCCUGGCUAUGGGGAACUCCUGUUUGACACUGACACUUGGAGCUUGCAGAUCAGGAAGACAGGGGCUCAGACAGCUACUGACUUUCCUCACGCCAUAAGGAUACGGUACAGCACCAAACCCCAGGGGCGAUCAGUUACCUGGACUUCAGACCAGAGUGGCAGGCCAUGUGUUUAUACUAUGGGAUCUCCCAUAAACAACAGGGCCCUUUUUCCCUGCCAGGAGCCACCCGUUGCCAUGUCAACAUGGCAAGCUACAGUUCGAGCAGCUGCAUCUUUUGUUGUUUUAAUGAGUGGGGAAAAUUCUGCCAAGCCAACACAGCUUCGGGAAGGGUGCUCAAGCUGGCAUUACUAUGUAACCAUGCCGAUGCCGGCCUCCACCUUCACAAUCGCAGUGGGAUCCUGGACAGAAAUGAAGCCAGAGACCUGCUCAUCCAAUGAUCUGGCAGCAGAGAGAUCUCUGUCACCUUCCGAGGCCGACUUCAGGAAUGUUGGCAUUUGUGGUCACAUGGAAUACCCCUGCCGCUUCCAGAAUCCUUCCGCCACCACCCAGGAAAUUAUUCCUCAUCGGGUCUUUGCCCCACUGUGCCUCAAGGGUGCCUGCCAAGAGACCCUUCUGCAACUGGUCCCUCCUUGCCUCUCAGCAGCACACCGUGUCCUGGGAACACACCCGUUCUCCAGGCUGGACAUACUCAUUGUCCCCAGCAAUUUUCCGAGUCUGGGGAUGGCCAGCCCACACAUCAUCUUCCUCUCUCAGAGCGUCUUGACGGGAAACAGCCAUCUCUGUGGGACCCGUCUCUGCCAUGAAAUCGCUCACGCCUGGUUUGGCCUAGCCAUCGGGGCCCGGGACUGGACGGAGGAGUGGCUGAGCGAAGGGUUCGCCACUCACUUGGAAGAUGUGUUCUGGGCCAAAGCACAGCAGCUGGACCCCCACGAGGCCCAGGAGCAGCAGGAGCUGAAGGCUUGUCUACGCUGGUGUCGUCUCCAGGACGAGGUGCGGAACUCCCCGGAGGAGAUGCAGGUGUUGAGGAAUCUGCUGGUCCCGUGCCUUGUGUCUGCCGGGAUAAAAUACUGGAAUAUUCAGCAGAGACUUAAUCAGAGGUUCUGGCUUGGCAGCUUGAACACACUGCAAAGACCCAAUAAAGAGAAGACUGGCCAUGUGAGUGACUCAGGAUCAUCUGUCGUCAAACAUGGGCUCAAUCCUGAGAAGGUCUUCAUGCAGGUUCAUUAUUUAAAGGGCUAUUUCCUUCUCCGGUUCCUUGCCCAAAGACUUGGAGAUGACACCUAUUUUGCAUUUUUAAGAAAAUUUGUGCACACCUUUCAUGGGCAGCUGAUUCUUUCUCAGGAUUUCCUUCAAAUGCUGUUGGAGAACAUCCCAGAAGAAAAAAGAUCUGAGCUUCGGAGCACGUUACUUCAUGCCUCCAAAUUUCGAUUUUUCACCCUUGGGAGGAUUAAAGGAUAUAAUACCUGUGAAAAGCUUGAGUUGUCUGUGGAGAACAUCUUCCGAGACUGGCUUGAGAGUUCUGGAAUACCCCAGCCGCUGCAGAGGGAACGCCAGGCCGGGGCGGAGUGCGGGCUUGCGCGGCAAGUGAGCGUCGAGGUCGAGAAAUGGAUUCGAAUGAACCGGAGACCCCGAAAACGGAAGCGAAGGGAGACCGAAGAAGUGUUUGAAAAGCUCCUUCCAGACCAGCUUGUCUUACUUCUGGAGCAUCUCUUGGAGCAGAAGACUUUGAACCCCCGGACUCUUCAAAGCCUUGAAAGGGCAUAUUGCCUUACCCAGCAGGAUGCAGAGGUUCGCCAUCGGUGGUGUGAACUCAUCAUAAAGCAUAAAUACACAAAAGCGUACAAAGAUGUGGAGAGAUUCCUCCAGGAGGAUCAGGCCAUGGGCAUCUACCUCUACGGGGAGCUGAUGGUGAGUGAGGACUCCCGGCAGCAGCAGGUUGCCCGCCGCUGCUUCGAGCUGACCAAGGAGCAGAUGGACAGAUCCUCAGCCCAGGUGGUGGCCGAGAUGUUAUUCUGAAGAGCCCCGUGGGCCGGCGCAGGAGCUCCCAGCUGAGGCACUGCUUCCGGGCUGUCGAUUGGACCCGCCCUCCGGUGCCUACUGAGCUGAUAUCAGUUCUCAUUUUACACACUGGCUCAGUUCAGCAGGAACAGGAGUCGAGCCCUAGAGCAAAAAGCCUUCCUGUGUGUAAGUGCCCGGAGGCUCCAGAGCUGGGACUGCGCUCACCGAAGACCGCGCGCCUGGACCCCCGGCAGCAGCGGCGCCCGUCUGUAUGUGGCCCUGGGGUGUGGAUGUUGGUGGCAUCGUAGUGAUAUGUUGACACACAGGGGACGAGGGGACGGGCUUCCGCUCCUAAAGGCAGAACGCGGUUAGCGCUUCACGGGACCCAGGCCACGCUGCCUCCUUGUGCGCUGGGUUCAGGCUGCGGAAGCAGGUGCAAAGAAUGGGGCCCGGGUUACGGUCGCUGGCUUUCACAGCCGUGUGUGAGCAGUGCGGCUGUGAACCCCACUGUGGGGUCGUGAGGUGCGGCGGGUCUCAUCCCAUCCUCUCAGUCUUGUCUCCAAAGUGGAGAGCGAAGGCACGCAGCGGUACUGGUUUACAAGAAUUCCUCCGUUGUUACCAGGCUGUAAAUUUUAUUGCUGUUUCCUUUGCAGGAAAGAUCACAGCGAGAUUCUUUUUCAUGCAUCUACUCCUAGCCCUGGUGGGACCAGGAUCGCAUUGACCCUGGACAUCAAAGGAAGGGUGUUGGGGCUGCUAAAGCCAUCAGCCAGCAGCGUCCAGGCCUUGGUGCUUCUCUUUCCAGAGGCUGCUGUCCCUGGAGUUCACGGACCGCGUGGUGCCUUUGUCCCCCGCCCUGAACUUGCCACCCCAAGACACGGAAUCUGAAUUGGAUCUCUUCUGUGAGGUCAAGGCAGUUCUUUCACACAAACGAUGAAAGCUGUCUGAGAAAAAAUCAGAAAAACUGCUGAACUUGUUGCAUGGAUCCUCUCAGCAUAUGGCUGCACUGGAUGUUUUUUAGAAUUCCAGGAAGUCAGAUUCUGUAUACUGGGAUCAGUGAACACCAUUUGGUAUUCUUCUCUGGGUCAUUUCAGAAAGAUCCUACAGGAUUGUCUUGAUUGCUAGGUCUUGUUCUUUAGCUAUUUCUGAAAGGGCAGGGUAAGAAUCCAAGAUGUGUUCAUAAUAAAACAUGAUUGCUGUUUUUGUA